AUGGCUGACCCGAACAAAAACGUCGCUGGCAGUGAGAUCAAUCGGUUCCAGGACAUUUUCCACGGGCACGACGAUGAUGUCGACGAGAGCGACGAUGCCAACAUCGACUUCGAUUACUACUUUAUGAAUUUUGGCCGGAAUGAGCAGCAAGAGCAGGUGCCACCAUUGGCUCCCGUCGUGCCCGAGGACGAAACCGAUGUCAUGGUCCAUUCCACUGUCGAAGAGGAACAUCUGUCGCAACGCUUCAGUCAACUCUCGG